UUGUCUGCCGUCAUUUUAACGUCAUCAAAAGAAGCCCGGCGAAGGCGUCGAAAGCAUGGGGAAACAAUCCUGACCUUCCUGAAACAGUUGAGAAAACCAAGUAUUUAUUUUCGCCGUACUAAAUACCAACUUAUUUCUCCACAAUUAAUGAAAUAUAGGACUCAUACAUCAUGUCUGUGAAAACUGCGACUGUACACGCAACGUGGAUAAUAGGAAGAGUAAUAGGCACCAAGAUGCAGAAGACCGCUAAGGUCCGAGUUACUAGGCUUGUCCUGGAUCAGUAUCUUCUCAAGUACUACAACAAAAGAAAGACAUACUUUGCACAUGAUCCCUUGGAGCAGUGCGGCGUGGGAGAUGUUGUUCUCCUGAAAGCACUGCCAGAGAGGAGGACCAAGCACGUGAAGCAUGAACUGGUGGAAAUUGUGCACAAGCUGGGAAAGGUUGUGGACCCACUCACGGGCAAGAGGGUGGCUGGAAGCAUGUUCCUGGAGCCCAUUGUCAGCUCGACUGAGCCCUCUACUGACUCUGUAAUGCAGACAUUGCAGAAAUUGGAUAUUAAAGACCCGGCGGACCCAUGCCACUGAUGUCUCAAUGAGUGUCCAAGUGAAUCGCUUCUCCUUUGUCAUGUUGUAACUUGUUUGGUGUACUUGGUAACGUGUAUGAUUUCAUUGAUCAAAAUAAAACUUCAUUUUCCAUUUUAAAAA